CCCUCUCGCCUCCGCCGUUGGUCGCGCCCGGGCGGCUGGAGCCGGCGGGCGGGGAGCGCGGCGCGUACCACUGCCGGGAGGGGGCGGGGGGAGCGGCGGGCGGGGCCGGAUGCAGGCGGCGCGGCGGGCGCUGUGGCCGUGCUGCGAGCGGCGGAGGAUGAAGGUGCUGGUGGCGGCGGCGGCGCUGGGCGCUGCCCUCCUGCUCCUGCUGCCCGCCGCAUCGCGGGCCGACGAGCGCAAGAAGGGGCCCAAGGUCACCGCCAAGGUGUUCUUCGACCUGCGGAUCGGUGAGGAUGAUGUGGGUCGCGUCGUCAUCGGGCUCUUUGGCAAGACAGUGCCCAAGACAGUGGAGAACUUCGUGGCGUUGGCCACUGGAGAGAAAGGAUUUGGCUUCAAGGGCAGCAAGUUCCACCGUGUGAUCAAGGAUUUUAUGAUCCAGGGAGGAGAUUUCACCCGUGGGGAUGGCACUGGAGGAAAAAGUAUCUAUGGGGAUCGCUUUCCCGAUGAGAACUUCAAGCUGAAGCACUACGGCCCUGGCUGGGUGAGCAUGGCAAACGCUGGCAAGGACACCAAUGGCUCCCAGUUCUUCAUCACCACAGUGAAGACACCAUGGCUGGACGGCAAACACGUGGUGUUUGGCAAAGUGCUGGAGGGCAUGGAGGUGGUGAGGAAGGUGGAGAACACCAAGACAGACAGCAGGGAUAAGCCCUUGAAAGAUGUCGUCAUCGCCGACUGUGGCACCAUUGAGGUGGAGAAGCCAUUUGCCAUCGCCAAAGAGUAAACCCAUCCUCCUGGCUCUCUGAGGUGGGCCCGGGGCUGCCCCCUCCCCACAUCUCUCUGUCAUCCCAGGGCAGGUGAGCAGCAGCAGAGCCACUGUGCCCCAUGUCCCUGCUGCCCGGCCUCAUCUGUCACAGCAGGAUGGGACCAGCCUCUCUACCCAUCAACUUUUGUAAGAAGCACAUGCACCAAUAAAUGUGACCAAUGUGUUUUUUAGA